GACGGUCACAGUCAAGGUGGUGAUUUAUUCAGAAGGAUACUGAGUCUAGUCUCAGCUGCCCCAAGCUGACCAUGGAGUCAACAAGAGGCUUCAUCCUUUGUCUGUUUCUGCUGGUGACUAUUUCAUCCUCCUCUGCCAAAGUUGAGGAGGAGAACCCAGAGUUCUGGAGGUCACAGGCGCGUGAGACGCUGCAGUCAGCUCUGAACAGGAAGAUCAACACCAACGUGGCCAAGAACGUGGUGUUAUUCCUGGGAGAUGGAAUGGGAAUCACCACCUUGACGGCAGCUCGAAUCCUGAAGGGACAACUGCAGAACCAGACAGGGGAGGAGACAGUGAUGACCAUGGACACGUUCCCUAACGUGGGACUGGCUAAAACCUACAGUGUGGACUUCCAGAUCCCAGACAGCGCAGCCACAGCUACUGCAUAUCUGUGUGGAGUGAAAACUAACAUCAACGUCAUCGGCGUGAAUGCAGCUGCGCGCAACGGAGCCUGCAAGACUCAGAAGGGCAACGAGGUCACAUCCAUUCUGAAGUGGGCCAAAGACGCUGGCAAGUCUGUUGGUAUCGUCACAACCACGCGAGUCCAACACGCUACCCCGGCGACCAGCUACGCCCACAGUGCCAGCAGGAAGUGGUACAGUGACGCUGACAUGCCUGACUCUGCCAAGCUGGACGGCUGCACCGACAUCAGCUCCCAGCUCAUCAGAAACAUAGACAUCGACGUGAUCAUAGGUGGGGGCAGAAAGUACAUGACCCCCAGAGGCACCAAGGACCCGGAGUACCCCCGAGAUUUCUCUGUCAGAGGCAAAAGAAAGGACGGACGCAAUCUCAUCACCGAGUGGCAGAAACUAAAAACUGGAAAGGUGGCCCACUACGUGUGGAACAGAACAGAGUUCGAUGCUGUCAAUCCAGAAACCACUGACUACCUCAUGGCUCUCUUUGAACCUGGCGAUCUACGGUUCGAGGUGGACAGAGACCCGAGCAUGGAUCCAUCCAUCGUGGAGACAACAGAAAAGGCCAUUCGGAUCCUGCAGAAGAAUCCUAAGGGUUUCUUCCUGCUCGUCGAGGGGGGGAGAAUCGACCAGGCGCACCACGACGGUCGGGCGUUCAUGGCUCUGCAUGAAGCCGUUGCUUUUGACUACGCCAUAGCCCGGGCCCUGGAACUCACCAAAGAACAUGAAACCCUCACCAUAGCCACGGCAGACCACUCCCACACCAUUACUCACAACGGUUACCCAUUUCGAGGACAGAGCAUUCUGGGUAAAUCUCCGCUCUGGGCCUUGGACUUUCGGCCGUACACGACACUAAUGUAUGGGAACGGACCUGGACACAAACUCAUCAAUGGUUCUCGCCCUGACAUCCGUGAUGUGAACACCAAAACAAAAGAUUACGUGCAGCUGUCAGCAGUGCCCCUGGAGUCGGCCACCCACAGUGGGGAGGAUGUGGCCGUGCUGGCCCGUGGACCCAUGGCGCACUUGUUCCAAGGUGUCAAUGAGCAGAACUACAUCGCCCAUGCCAUGGCCUACGCUGCCUGUGUGGGCGCAGACCUGAGGCACUGCCAAGAGCCAAGUGAAACUUUUGCCACUGCUCCUGUCGAGAACAUGUCAAGGACUCUUCACAGCUCAGCAGCGAUGGUCAGCAGUUUCUUCAGUGUGAUUCUGGCUUAUACAUUGCUGAUGUAAGAUGCUGUUAAAAUCUGUGAAAUCCUGUAACACUGGCCAGGUUUAAGAGGUCCAUGCUAACGCGGCUCCCAUGGUAGAGUCUAACACUUCCACAGAAAUAUAGAAAAGAAUAUAUGAAACAAUGCAGAUGGUAAUCAGCCUACUCUCCUGUACUGUUAGACAAUAAUAUAUUUAUAAUAUAGAGUGAUACAUCAAGCACUGCUUUUUGCUUGUGGUGUUAAAACUACUGAUUUUCUCUGUGGUCUCUGGAGCACUGAACAUUUGUCAUAGUGAAACAUAAAAAUUAUUCCCAUUAAUUCAGAGCUCUGCUUCCCAGUGUUUACAACAUAUAAUUGUACAGUAUCAUACCAUCAUAUAUAUAUAUACAAUAAGCUACCACUAAAUCAUCAGAAGUUUUGGACAAUACUUUCUUUUAAGUUCUCUAAUAAAAUAAAUA